UUCUGUAACAGACAAACAAAAGCUAUCAUUUCUUACAAUCAGACGUGCAACAAAAAUCCUGCGAUUUAGGGGACGGAUUGUGAAAUUUCUUCGAAAUAUUCGCGACGUAGAGACGUGCUAUAAUACAUUAACUGCUAAUGAUGGCACGAUUCAAUUUUCUUAUGACCAGACAUGUGAGACUCGAAAUAUUUCCCGUUGGUUCAGGUUGAGGGCUUAUUCAUACAGGAUAAACAGCCCUUGCUUGCUUGUCGGCGCGUGAUCCGAACGUUCUACGUCGGUGUUCUUUUUCUACCGUUUUUGAAUCGCCGCUAGCGUGUUAAUUAAACAAACAAACUGUGGCCGAGAUAGUGUUAAUCGGAUACGGCACAAGAAAAUCUGGAAAGGACGUGCGAGUCGAUGAGAAGAAGGAGGCGGCGGAGGAGAAAGAGGCAGGAAUUUAGGAUCAUCGAAAGAUAUGGAGAAUAACGACGAAGCGCGCACUGUGGCUGAUCGUGCGUCGACGUCAAAGGAGGAACCCUUAGAAGCCACUGCUGAUGAUGAUUACGGCUGCGAGCAUUAUAAACGAAAAUCCAAAUUUGUUACACCAUGUUGCAACAAGGUAUAUACAUGUCGAUUCUGCCACGACAAAGAAGAGACUCAUACAGUAAACAGAAAAGAAGUCACAGAACUGAUAUGCGUUUUAUGUGAUACUCGUCAGCCAGUACAAGCCACUUGCCAAAAUUGUCAUUGUCGAUUCGGUAAAUAUACAUGCCUCGAGUGUAAUUUAUUUGAUGAUGAGGACAAAAAUCAGUAUCAUUGCGAUGGCUGCGGAAUAUGUAGAGUUGGCGGUCGUGACCGAUUUUUCCACUGUGCCAAGUGCAACAUGUGUUUACCAGUUCAAUUACAAAACGGACACACGUGUGUAGAAAAUGUUUCUCAUGCAAAUUGUCCAGUUUGUCUUGAGGAUAUUCACACAAGUCGUAUACCUUGUCACAUUCCAAACUGUGGUCAUUUGCUUCAUCGCACAUGUUUUGAGGAAUUGUUACAUUCAGGACAUUAUGCGUGUCCAACUUGCCAAGUAUCCCUUCUAGAUAUGACUGAUUUAUGGAGAUUUUUGGAUAUGGAAGUAUCAUCAACACCAAUGCCAGAAGAAUAUAGGGAUUAUAAGGUUGAUAUUCUGUGCAAAGACUGUCAUGAGGAGUCAACAGUAAAAUUCCAUAUUGUAGGUUUGAAAUGUUUGAAUUGUGGAAGUUAUAACACUUGCAGAGUUAAAGGAUCUCCUUCUCCAGGUUGAUAUUAAUUACAGAUCCAGAUACAUUGGAUUAAAUAAUUAGUAUCAACAUUAUGGAUAAUGAAGAAAAAUUAUGCAGAACAAAAUUCUGAGUAUUACAACGGGAAAAUUAUGCAAUUCCCGCGAGAAAGUGUUGCUUUUAAGCGAUUGAGAAAGAAAAAGACAUUAGAAAAUGGCCUCUUUGGCAUUAUACCUCUUUAUUUGUUUUUAGUGAAUUUAUACAUCUUUGUUGAUUGUUUUCAGACUUUUUAUAGAUGUUAUUUUAUUAGGAGGCUGAAUAUAGUGACUGAAAAUGAUCAGCGCUUAUAUUUUUAACCAUGAGACAUCGAAAAUUAUUCAAUAAUCACGAUUUAAAUCGUGAAUUCAUUUUAAUUCAAAUUAUUAAGAAUAGUAGAUUCAUUUUACGAAAAUAUAUUAAUUAUUACACAUAAUGAUAGUAAUUCUAAAUGAAAUAUAUAAUAUAUUCUUGGCGAUUCUCAUUUUGUUAUCGAUUGGUGACACAGUAUGCAUGGUAUCACCCAUUUCUUAAAAUUCUUCUCGCGCUGUUAUUAAAUAGAGUUUUGAACAUUUCAUGAUGCGUGACUUUCUUUUGAUGCAAUCUUUUCGUAAAUGCUAUUUGAUCAACAUAUACCGGUAGUGCUAGUCAAAAAAUUUCCCUCUUUUAGCUACUAUUAUAAUCAACAGCUAAGAGUUCCUUUAUGAUAUACAUAGUUCCCCGAUGUUAUAUUAUACAGUUACAUGUAGAGAUAGAAAUCAAUGAGAUUAUUACUAAUAAGACGCAUUUUAUUUCUUAAUUAAUUAUUGUACGCGCAAUUUUCGAAAAGAUCGCCAUCUAGUCAAAGAUCACUUGAAUCACUUCUUAAUACAAAUGUUCUAUAUAUAGAAAAAAAAUGCGCGGAGGAAUCUCAGAUAGUUGGGUGACGUAAGCUGAUAUCUAAUACAAUAAUUUUUUGAAAAUAUACGAAAUAAAUUUAUAUCGUAAACCUUCGAAAUAAAUGGUGAGAUUUCAAGCUUCGACAUUCAUCUAUCGAAUUUUAUCGGGCAUUACCAUCAUGUUAUUGUAAAUUAAAAACGAUAAUUAUAAAUUUGUGCGUAUAAUUAGGCAUCUUUUAGUGCACGCGUUUAAAUAUAUAUUUUUAUGGAAUUUGAUAUUAAAUUUCAUUUUAAUAAUUAAUAAAUAUUUAGCAUAAUUCAUAAUAGAGAAAAUAUUUUACCAUAAUAAAAAAAAUUAGUGUUUUUAAUUUUUCCUUCAAGAAAAUACGUAAAACACGAUAAAUAUGUUUAACUCGUUUUACAUGAAUUAGUGAUUCAUGUUGUUAGACAUUUUAAUGUCUAAUUAUAUAAAGCGAAAUGAUGAUACUUUAUUCCAAUUAUAUUUUUGAAAAAAUAUCCAAUACAGAUGAAUAAAUUGGUAACAGUAAUUUUUUUUAAAUUAAAUUUAAUUAAAUAAUUAAAAAAAAUAUACUUUAUUAAUUGUUUUUAACUUUAAAACAAAAUAAAUAUAAUUGGUAAUAAAAAUUCUAAACAAUGCAUAUUAUACAAGGUAUGGAAUAUCUUCAGAGAUUUUAAAAAUCAAAUUAAAAAAUUGAUAUGUAAAAAUUUGAUAUAUAAAAAUUCAAUUGAAGCAUAUUCAUUAAGUUAUAAGCAAUUGAAAUUUACAUUUAAAUUUAAAUGAAAUUAAUUUAAAUGAAAUGAGACAACUCUAUCAUAAUUGUAUUGCUUUAUUUAAAAAUUUUGAUUGCAAAUUUCAAUUAUUUAUAAUAUAAUAAAUAAGUUUCAACUAAUAUUUUUAUAUAUCAAUUUUUGUGUUUGUUUUAGCCUCUAGAUCAAAAAUGUCUCAUGAAUAUGUUAACACUUUAUAUAUAACUAAUAAUUCCUAAAAUUAAAAUUUAAUAUUAUAAUAAAUUUUUUUAAUUUGAUCUCAAAGUUUUAAUGAAAAUCCCAAAUUCUAUAUACUGUUGAAACAUAUUAAGAAAACGCGUGUACAGAAAGAGCUUUAGAAUUAUGUUUGACGCUUUCUACAUCGCUCAUAAACAUUGUCAUAUUGUAUUCAGUUUGUACGCAUAUACUACUGAGUAAUCUUAUCAUCAUUCACGUUUAGAUACUAUAUAUUUCGAUUGCUAAUAUGAGAUAAAGCAUAUUUGUGCAUAACAUUCUAAAGGACAUGUUUAAAAUAUUAAAAUAUGAUACGAUGUUUCAAGCUCAAAUAAAAGUCGAGUUGGUAGGCACUCUUGAUAUACCUCACCUGAUUGUGAGAUUUUUUUGAUUAUUGAAUCUUUUUCAAUUGUUUGUUGAAUAAUAUGUGUAUGGCUGUUUAUUGUAUAAGCACUUGUAUUAUUCAUUUCAUGGCAUUCCAAGUUUCAUAAAAGACGUUAAUAUACACCGAAAAUUGAAUUGUUAUUGUUAUAUUAACACAUAAUUUGAUUUAAAAGCAUAAUGUAAGAAAUUAUGACAUAUUAAAUCAAAUCAUGACAUAAUUUUUUCUAAUUUGAAAAUAACAUUGUGCUGGUUUAAAAAAAUAUUACCAAUUGUUUAUUUUUUGGUGUGAUUAUUAUCACGUCUUUAUUAUUCAAUUGUAAAUUAAAUACCAGUUACAAAGGCUCUUUGUACAUAACGGCCGCAAUAAUGCUUUUGUUUUAUAUUAUAUAAUAUAUAUACUAUUGUAUCAAAUAAACCAGCUAUUAUUUUAUUCUUUCAUCGUUUCGUAAUAUGAUAAGAAGUCGCUACUUUAUAUGGCAAAAAUUUUUUCAUAUUUUAAUAGAAAAUAAAUUGUUUUUAAUAUCAAUUCACACACGAAUUUCUUUAUGUAAACAUUAUUGAUUCCUGAUGUCUUUUUAAAAAAUUGCAUAUAAACUUAUAAUUUGUACUAUCAGGAAUAAAUAUGUUUACGAAAAGAAAUGAAAUUUUAUUUCUUUUUUCUAUAUUCAUCACUAUCUAUACGCCAACAUAAUAGCAACUUCCUAUCAAAAAAGGCAGAAAUAUCUUGCUUUAUUUUUGUUUUUGUGAUUUAUUUGUGGUCCACAUAUAUCCUACUGAGAACAAAUCAUAAAUAUAAGUAUUUAUAAAGCGUGACAUUUCUUCUCUUUUUAAGAUACAAUUUCAGAUGCACUGUGGAUUUUUUCAUAAAAAGAAAAUUCAUUUAUUUGUAUACAUAUGCUAUGCAUUAGAAUAUCUCAAUUUUAUAUCAAUUAUAUGAUUUAUAAAAGAUUAUUCUAAUGCAUCCAUUCGUAUUCAACCUGUAAAAUUGCCUAAUAGAUUUAUUUUUUCUUUGC